GAUUGUUCAGAGUCUGGAGCUUGUGAGGAGGACGGGAUAAUUGAACACACCACUGGAUUCUGUAUUUCUACCAAACUGAAACAGAAAAGAAAAGCAGCAAAGGGAGGAUCACUCAGAGGCAGAUGAUGAUAUGGAAGCAGUGAUCUGAUCAAUCCUCUAAAUCACCUAUACACAGUUUUUUUUACUAGGAUUUUAACCAUGGGACCAUAUGAGGCAGGAUUGCAGAAGAGAAGCCGAACCAAAAGUUGUGGGGAAUAUCAGCACUCCAACAAGACUUUCUCUCAGCGCAGACAGUCGGCACCUUCUGUUAUUCUCAGCAAAGCCCUUACAAAGUCAAAAUCUGUUGCAAGGGAUUGCACAUCUCAGGUUAGCCAGGACAUUUUUGCCCUGAUCCAGUCUCUGCUCAGCCCAACCAGGAAACUCAUUUGCCAAGGAAAUGUGGUGCUGCAGACAGGCCUUCAAAACCAGGACAGAUUCCUGAUCCUCUUCAAUGAUCUUCUCAUCAUCACCAAGGCCAAGUCAGUAAUGCAGGUGAAGCAGAAGAAGUGUGUGCGUGUUAGUGAGAUGUGGACAGCCAGCUGUGUGGAUGAGGUGUGUGAGGCCAGUACUGCUUCAGAGAGAAGCUUCGUCAUGGGCUGGCCAACUUACAACUGUGUGGCUACUUUUAGCACUUCAGAAGAGAAAGACAGGUGGCUGCCUCUCAUUGAAAGUUGCAUACAAGAAGAAAAAAAGAGUGAUGAUCCAAAGAUGAUUCCACUCAAGAUAUUUGCAAAGGAUGUUGGGAACUGUGCCUAUGCAAAGACUCUUUUUAUCAGCAACACAGACUGCACCUCUGAUGUCAUUAGCACAGCACUGCAACUGUUUGGUCUUUCGGGUGGAGUAAAAGAUUACAAGUUGUGGGUGUGUUCAAAACAAGAUGAAACUCCAUACCCUUUAAUUGGUCAUGAGUGUCCUUACAGCAUUAAGAUGAGCCACAUUCGCCUGCUGCAGCAAGAGGCAGUGACAUCAUCCUACAGCCAGAUGGCGCUUUUGCCAAUUGAUGCUCACUGUCAGUUCUUCCUGAGGCCCAGUCAAAUAAACAGCACCUUCACAGAACAGAAAAGCAGGAGGAAGAGGAUGUCUCUUAUUAGCUGGGCUUUUAAACGAAGCUUCAGCAUUGAACAGGCUGUCCGAUCCGAAUCUCCUGGCCCAACUAUAACACAAGCUUCUGGACAUCUGUUUGGUCGACCACUCAGUGAUGUAAUAAAAGACAAUACCCUGCCAUCACCCAUUGUGGACAUGCUGAAGUGUUUGUGCAGUGAAGGGGCCGUGACGCGUGGGAUAUUCCGGCGAUCUGCUGGAGUGAAGGCCUGCCGAGAAUUGAGGGAAAAACUAGAUUCUGGUCACUAUGAAGAGCCACUCAGUGGAGAACCUGUACUUGUCACUGCUUCAGUGUUCAAGGAAUUCUUACGCAAUAUACCGGGCAGCCUAUUGUGUGAGGAGCUCUAUGAGCAAUGGCUCCAAGCAGUGGAGCAGGAUGGUGAAAGAAAUGGACAAAUGACAGAGAGAAACCUGCUACAAGAAGUUCAGAGGCUUGUUCAGCUUUUACCUAAAGAAAAUCUCCUGCUGCUGAGACACAUGAUAGCAAUGCUGCAUCACAUUCAGCUCAAUGCUGAGCACAACCAGAUGACCUCUUUUAACCUGGCUGUGUGUAUAGCACCUAGCUGUCUGUGGAAUCGCAAACUACAAUCUCAUGAGAAAGAUGCCAAAAAGGUGUGUGACCUUGUGCAUGUCUUGAUUGACAACUGCUGUGCGUUGUUUGGGGAUGAAAUAAUAACCCUCUUAAAGGAUUUGACUGAAGACAAUAGAAGCAAACGCGGAUCAGUUGGGUCCCUGCAGCAGAUGUCAGAUUCAGGUUAUGAGAGUCUAAAGAAUGAGGUUAAUACUGACCCAGAGGACAUUUCUAAGACCCAUCUUCUUAAAGACAGUCGUAGUAUGGACUCACUCAUGUCACUGAGUGAUUGUGACCUCGAUUGUCCAGAAAACGACUUGCUGUCUUCCAUUCCACAGGCACAGAUCAGAAACUGUACAUCCGCAGUGCGUCAACUCCGAUCCCUGAAACUACACAGACACUCCAUGUCCACCAUUGCUUUGACUUCUCAUGAGCAGGAAAUAACCAUAGAAAGUGGAAUACAUGAAGAGUUUAAGAGACCUGAUGACGUCAAUGAUAAUGUGUUCAUGGAUCAAAACUUUCAACAACUGAAUUUCAUGAGAGAAAAACAAACUCCACCAACCUCCAAUGUAUCAUCGCCAGUGACUUCAUCGACAUACUCACCUGUGAGUUCAAUAGACAGUCCAUCUUCUCUGUCCACCCGAAAGACCCUUCAUUCUGCUCAAGAUUCUCCAGCCAAGGUUGAUUUACUCACUCAAAAUGGCACAGAUUACCAACAUCCAGACAGCUUGCCCAAUGAGAAAUUAUCUCCACCAAAUUAUCAGAGGAACUUCACUGAUAUUAAUGCCCAAAUGCCCAAAAAUCCUCCUCCUUAUCAGCAGGCCUUACAAAAGCUCAACCGAAAACAAUUCUCACAGACUCCCACUCAAAGUCUUACAUAAAGGAAAAGGCAGUUUCUACAAAGGGCCAAGGAGCCCCAAGCACAGCCCUUUAGGAGACCCCAAGUAUUCCCCUGAAUCUCAGACCAUCAGAUUUAACUGUCAAACCAGGACUGAAGAAGAGGUCAAGCUACCACAGAGUGUGUUUUAUGGACAGAGUUGCAAGUUGACGGUGCACAAAACCAGGGGACAGAAUGCAGGUUUGAAGUCUACCAAACUUUCGGGGAAGCAGUAUAGGUUUAAAGCACUUGAUUUGCACCCUUCCUCUGGAAAAAUAGUCAGGGAUUACUUUAUGGAUGGUUCUCCUCUCAGAGAGAAGCAAGCUGUUGGGAGAGGCCAAAAGCUCAGCUGUUGCAGCAGUAGCCAGUGGAUUGUGUGAACAAGUAAUUUCAAAAACAGAACAAACACUGGGAUCCCAUUAAUUAUAAUUAUCUGCAGUUUCUUAUAAUUAACAAUUACACGCUCCAAAUUUAUUUAUUACCAAACACCCUAGUUGGUAAUCAAAUACCAUGUCCUUUGUUUUUUAAUUCAACUUCAGAUUAUGAGUGCAACUCCAUUUAAACAGUGUAGAAACCUCCUUUCAAUAGUCUGAUUUGUUAUUAUCUGUUAUUAAACCAAUCAAUGUAGUAUCAUCUGCAAACUUAAAAAUCUGCACUGAUUUACAAUGUGAAACACAAUCAUUAGUUUAGACCGAGUACAAUUAUGGUGACAGUACAUAUCCUUGUGGGGCCCCCACGCUAAUUGUCUCAAGUCUUGAGAAUGUAUUAUCAAUUUUAAUUACUUGUGUUUUGUUCUGCAAAAAAUCCAAAAUCCAAAGAGCAAGGGAGUGUUCAAUCCCCAAUUGCUUAAACUUAUCAAAAAGUUUAACUGGAAUAAUUGUAUUAAAUGCAGAUUUAUAGUCCACAAAAAGGACUCUGACAUAAGUAUUGGGGGUUUCAAGUUAUUACAAAAUUGAAUUGAGACGCAGAGCCACAGCAUCAUCAAUGGAGCUAUUAGCUUUAUUGGCCUAAUUGGUGAGAAUCCAAACAGAUUUUAGAAAUUAGAUGCCAAAGCAUCAAUCGCUCAAAGAGUUUCAUAGCAACUUAGGUUAGGGCCACUGGUAUACAACUUUUUUGACUCUGGAAUAAUAAACAGCUGGGAUAUUCUCAUUUUACAGUAUAAUUUCAUUUUAUUAAUACUUAAAGUUUGAGCUUUAUAAUGCCUUUUUUUGUUGAAAAUAUUUAUAAGCCUUAGAACAAUCUGCAUGGGAUUUUAUUGUACUUUAUUAUAUAAAACUCACUUUUCCUCCUUAUGCAAGUUAAACUGAAGCAUUUAAAACAUUCAAAAAUAGCACACACUUAAAAUCCAAAUUAUAAAAUUACCUUUUCAGGAUUACAUUCAGUAGGGGUAUUAGGGCUGUCACGAUUCCACAAUUAAACUCAAAUAUUCAAUUAUAUUAUCAUCGAAUUCCACAGACAACUUCAAAAUAAAAGUUUAAACCCUUGCUCUGAGUUUGAAUGGUUUGACAUCCACAUGUUCUUUUUAAAGAAAUGACAGUGGCUGGCCUUGCAUUGCUAUCACAGAGAUAUGGUGCAAAUCUAAAAUAUUAAGUGGACAUUUUAACUAAAUAUGGUUUAGUCAAUAUUUUAAACAAGGAUUAGUUUGUGCUGUAAAUUGUAAAAAAAAAAAAAAAAAAAAAAAAAAACUAUUGCCAGGCAGUUUGUGCUCUUUGCAGGCAUUUGAUAUAAUACAUCAUGUACAAAAGUGAUUAAUUUUGAUAUUUUAUUUGAACCAAUUAUUACUGCCUCAUUUUUAUUAUGUGUAUUUAAAGUCUAUUGUUUGCUUAGGUCUUUUUUAUUACCAGAAAAAAAUGAUGCGAUAAUUAUUACAAUUAUUACAGAAUAAUUAACAGAUUACUUGAAAUACCAAAAUAAUCAUUAGGGACCAUCCUAAGGGAUGUAUUAUACAUAUUUUGAUUCUGUAAGAUAAAUGUUUUUGAGGUCCAAGCUUAUUUCAUUUUUAGUUUUUAGAUGAUUUUUGAACAUUGUUAUGCCUUUUUGUAAAUGCAACCAAACCUUUUUUGUAACAAGUAUACAAAACUGUUUGACAGAAAAUAGAUUUAUAAUUACAAUAUUUUACAGCGCUUUAAAAAUCAGUGCUGUUCAAUACAGUGCUCAAGUAUUUAAUGUGAAUUUGCAUCCAUAAACGAAAAUGUUUUGUACCAUAAAUCCUAUUAAAACUAGUAAUCCCACUUGUGUGUGCCCUAGUUUAUUUUUCAACGUGUUAAUUCUUGCAAACAUAUUUCGGCUCAGUAGUUCACAUUCUCACUGUGCUCCUGUCAACAUUUACAACCCAUCAAUAUAACUGAGACAUAACAGCAAAAUAUGUUCAAAUAUAAAUCACAUGCACUUGCUAGGAUGAUGUUCCAGCUUUCAAAUACAAAAAAAAAAAAAA